AUGGACCUUAGAAUUCCAGUAUUCUUCUAUAUGUUUUCAUUGGUUAUACUUCUAAACCUUGAUGGAAAUUACUCAUUAUCAUCUAAUGAAGGAAAUGAAACUGAGUCUUCAUCAGUGACUGAAGGAACCAAAACUACCAUUCAAUCAAAUAAUCCAAUAAAACAUGAUACCUCUACUACUGUUGAUAAUCAUGAUACUGCUACCGAUGCAAAGAAACAUGAUACUUCUGCAGCUGUUGAUAAUCAUGAUACUACUACUGCUGCAAAGAAACAUGAUACCUCUACUACUGUUGAUAAUCAUGAUACUGCUACUGCCACAAAGAAACAUAAUAUCUCUGCUGCUGCUACUGCUGAUAAUGAUGAUGACGAUGACGACGAUGAUGAGGAUGAUGAUGAUGAUAAUGAUGAUGACGUCAACUCUUCAAAUGUUACUAAGCGUUAUGAUCAAGAAUUAAUAACCCCAAAAAAGAUAUCUAAACUUGGUGAAUCCGAAGAUACUCUACCACCAAAGUAUAGAUUUACCAAUAAAUCUGAUCACAACAAGAUAAAAAGCAAAAAAAAGUAAUUCUAUGCAACGUUUCGAAUAAUCGUAGCAACUUCAAUAGCGAAUUAUAAAUGGAUGAUAAUUGAUUUGAUAUAACUAUAAUAAAUAAGUUCAUAUCACUGAUUUGUUUAAUCUUUUCUUUUAAAUAAUUCUUUUGUAAUAUAUAAAUCUAUCAUGGUUACAAACUGG